UCCGGGCCACAGCUCGCUGCGCCCGCCGCUCCUUCCCUCCCGACUCCGCCGCGCCUGCCACCGCCAUGGGCCGACAGAAGGAGCUGGUGUCCCGCUGCGGGGAGAUGCUCCAUAUCCGCCAUCGGCUGUUCCGCCAGGCUCUGGCUGAGUGCUUGGGGACCCUUAUUCUCGUGAUGUUUGGCUGUGGUUCCGUGGCCCAGGUCAUACUCAGCAGGGGCACCCAUGGCGGUUUCCUUACCAUCAAUUUGGCCUUUGGCUUUGCUGUCACCUUGGGCGUCCUCAUCGCUGGCCAGGUCUCUGGGGCCCACCUGAACCCUGCUGUGACCUUCGCCAUGUGCUUCCUGGCCCGUGAGCCCUGGAUCAAGCUGCCCGUCUACACCCUGGCUCAGACUCUGGGAGCCUUCUUGGGUGCUGGGAUUGUUUUUGGGCUGUACUAUGAUGCAAUCUGGAGCUUUGCCAGCAAUCAGCUCGUAGUCUCCGGCCCCAAUGGCACAGCUGGCAUUUUUGCCACCUAUCCCUCUGGACACUUGGACAUGGUCAAUGGCUUCUUCGACCAGUUCAUAGGCACAGCCUCCCUCAUCGUGUGUGUGCUGGCCAUUGUUGACCCCUACAACAACCCUGUCCCCCGUGGCCUGGAGGCCUUCACUGUGGGCCUGGUAGUCCUGGUCAUUGGCACUUCUAUGGGCUUCAACUCUGGCUAUGCUGUCAACCCUGCCCGGGACUUUGGCCCUCGCCUUUUCACUGCCAUUGCUGGCUGGGGUUCUGAAGUCUUCACGACCGGCCGGCACUGGUGGUGGGUGCCCAUUGUCUCUCCACUCCUGGGCUCCAUCGCGGGUGUCUUUGUGUACCAGCUCAUGAUCGGCUGCCACCUGGAGCAGCCCCCACCCUCCACUGAGUCAGAGAAUGUCAAGCUGGCCCAUGUGAAGCACAAGGAACAGGUCUGAGUGGGCAGGAGGCCACCCUGCCCAUCCCUGAGCAUCCACUGACUGUGCAGGGGCCACUACCUAGAAGCCCCCUUCAUUAUCCCACUCCCAGCUAUGACGCUCCCCGUCUACCUGCAUCCGGCUGGAUAGCCCCCUUCAGGAUUUCCACUAGACCCUGCCCAGAUAGGACCUUAGGCCACUGCCCUUAAGGUGUGGUGGAAUGGGGUUGUGUCAAUACAUCCCUUAAUCUCCCCAAAAGAGAGAAUGGGCAGCAGGUGUGUGCUCACGUGUGUGUGUGUAUGUGUGUGUGUGAGAUUUCCCAGAUAUUCAGGGCAAGGGACCAAGCAGAGAGUAUUCUAGUUACAGGGGGAGCCCAGCAAGAGGGGAAGGUAAUAUGUUCUUCUGUGAACGAGGAAAGUGCCAGAGCAUGCAUGUUUCAGGGGCCCCAUAUGGAGGAGGUCCAAUGAACGUUUCUGAUUGUGUGUGUCUGCCCUUUUUUCUAAGCAGAAGCUUCUAUAGGCUUUUGGGACAUGGGGGUGGAUGUGUAGGGCUGAGAGGAGGGGCCAUGGCUCAGGCUGGACAGAGAGGGAGCUGUAAUACAUGUUUCUGUCAUAAAGGUAGGCAUAAUGGGGUGGGGUGAAGUCCAGGUCAUAAGUUUCAUGUUUGCUUUUUGUUUUUGUUUUUUAAUAUGUAUAGCAGAUGUUACAGUCUUAGGGAUGGGGAUUGGAAGAUCCCUCUUUAAAAAGGGGAUUCACUCCUUUACUCUUCUACUCAAAAAUGUACUCUUACCCUUUUAUAAAAAAACAAUAAAAUGUAUGUCUGAAAC